AUGCUGAUUGGUCGCAAGCGCCUCGUGGUGGCAUCGCUCCCCCUCGCAUCGGCCAAAGACGUCUACCUGAAUGCACCAAGCAUGCAAGAGGAGUCAGUCAAUCCUCUCACCAACCCUCCUCACUCCCUCAGCAACCCCUCUCACUCACCUCAGAUUUCUCCGAAUCAGCCUUCCAUCUCCCGGGAACUUUACUCUCCAUCCAUCUCUGAAUCCUCCUUGAUCCGCGUGCUGCAAUCAGUAGCCCCCACAGUGGAGGCACUGAUGGUGCCACACUCGCUGCCGAUAGAGUCAGUGGAGGGCGAGUGGAGGAGCUGCACCGCCUGGCAAUCGGUGUGCGUGGGAGCAAGGCGGGCAGGGGGAGGUGCAAGACAGCAGUGGAGGCAGCAGAGGCUCGUGCGGGCGGCAUCAGCCGUUUGUACCCGAGGAGAGGUGGCAUGGGGGAAGGAGGAGACAGAGGCAGUGGCAGGGAUGGCGGCGGUGGCAGUGGCAGUGGCGGUGACGUUGUUGACAGCAGUAGCAGCACCAGGAGGCGAAGCAGGAACCGUGAAGCGCCAAGGCCUCCAGGACUUCCCCUCGUUGGAGAUCUACUGCGUUGUUGGCAGGUUGUUCUGCUGGAAGCCCAUUGGCAGCGAGCGGCUCAGUCAGCCCAUCGUGUGUGUGAGUGUGCAUCGGGCUGCUUCAAAUGCUCCGCGGUUCUCUACCAUCGCUGUGACCAUCUAUGUGGCCAUCUAUGUGGCCAUCUAUGUGACCAUCUAUGUGACCAUCUAUGUGACCAUCUAUGUGACCAUCUAUGUGGCCAUCUAUGUGACCAUCUAUGUGACCAUCUAUGUGGCCAUCUAUGUGACCAUCUAUGUGACCAUCUAUGUGACCAUCUAUGUGACCAUCUAUGUGACCAUCUAUGUGACCAUCUAUGUGACCAUCUAUGUGACCAUCGCUGUGUGUGAGCAGGAGUUGGAGCCCAUGACGCUCGUUUUCAACACAGGAAUGCUCUCCUUCUUCCUGCGGCACGCAGCUCACACAUCCCUUGAUCUCCUUCUCAACAGCCCCCAAGAUCUGGACAGCAUCGGCCGUCUCAUGCAGCCCUCUAAACGCUCCCUCACAAACCUGUGCAUUGGGCUCAAGGAACCACCCGGGGGAAUUGAGCCUAUCAUUAAGGAGAUUCACCUGAUGAAUCCGGCAUUCCUCAAGGAGUUUGAGAAUCUGCAGCGGGUGAAGCUAGGUCGCGGGACCUGGCAACUAGGCGACCUGGAUCCAGCAAAAUUCAAGGCUUUAAGGAGCCUGAGCAUCCACGAUUUCAAUUGCGACGGAAAUGAGCUGUCCUUUCUUUCAUAUGUCGCACCGCAGCUGCAUGAACUCGCUCUCGCCUCCUCCAGCCAUGGCUCUGGCUCCACCACCCUCGAUUUCAAGCUCACUGCUACUCGAUCUAUCACAGUCUGCUUUGAGAAACAAGCGCUCCUCCUCCGCUUCACCAUGGCCCCCUCUUUAAAGUCCCUCUCGGCCACUGCAGCGUUUCUCAACGUGGAUUGCACAUGCGGCAGCCGCCCCUCUCUCGACUCGCUCUCUCUCAUUGGCCGCUUGCAGCUUCUCUGGCUAUGGGUGCCAUCAUGGGGCGUGGUGUGUGCACCUGUGUGGCGUGAUGUGGUGCAUGCACAGUGCCUAUGGGUGCCAUUCUGGGCCACCGCCCUCCCUGGUGCUGAUGGGGCUGCCUGCCGUUUGUUGUCUGCUGCUCCACCAGCUAGGCACAGUGAAGCAGAGGUGGUGAUGAUGUUGGGUGGCUGA